UUUACUAAUUUAUUCCUCAACAAAAACCGAUUUUUACCGUUCACUGUCAAUUGCACAACUAAUUAUAUUUCAGCAAAACCCUUUCCCAAUCACAAUUCUCCUUCUUUCCGGCAAAAUUCGCAGAGGGAUUGAACUGAAUUGAAACCCUAAUUCAGCUAUGGAGGGGAAGAAUGUCAGGCGACGAUUGGUUCAAUCGACACUGUUUCCUCACAAGGAGAGUUCGAUCAAGGAAGUUGGAGAUCGCCAUGCCGAUAGAGAAGAUGAGGCGGAGGAAGAAGAGGAGUGGUGUGGCAGUAGCAAAAGCCGAGGAAAAAGUAAAAGGAAAGGUAAUUCGAAGUCCAAAACGACGCCGUCAGCUUCUACGAAGAAGGUUAUAGAAAACGGCAAAGAGACUUCAAGCAAGCAAGUUGAUGACAAUGAAUCCCCAAUUACUGCCAAGGGCAAUUUUUUUAUGAAGGCAUCUGAGCGACAGCAGCAAAAAAGGCAGCAAAACCAGCUGAUAUCCAUCGACUCCCCAGAAAAAAAUAAUGAAAUGUGUUCAACUCCAUGCUCUGUUGCAAAUGGUAGGAGUACUCCUCGAAAGUUGAAGCGGCAGAAUAACUCAACUCCAAGGAAGGAAAAGAGAAAUUCAACACCCAACAAAAAAAUGAAACGUGGCACUGGAGAAACAAGUUGUGGUCAGAUCCCAUUUGAUCUUACACUGGAUGAGCAACCAUCGCGAACAAUUCCUGAUCUUAGAUUGGAGGCAAAAUUGACAGCCGAGGAAAAUUCACGUAUAUUUGCUGGAAAACAAAUUCAUCCGUUUUUCAAAUCAUGGAAAGGGGGAAAAUCAGGUCAAGAUUUGACUGAUUCAGAAACUAAAUUGACCUCUUUUGAGAGAAGGGAAAAAGGCAUUGCUUUCAACCCUAUUCACGUCUUUGAGAAUGUUGAGGGUGAUCAUACAACCCUCAAUUGGGGACAAUGGCCUUUUUCGGAAAGAAGUGCUAAUGAUGAUCUAGAAUGUGGAUGCUCACCAGUUUAUGAAGGAUCUGUCGACUCCUUAAAUUUUGAUAACUUUCCGAGUGUCUCUCACUUAGCCAGAAGAACACCAUUAUAUCAAAACUCUCAUCAGUAUUCUGUCCCAAAACAAGAUGUUUCUGAGAAGCUGCCUAUUAUUCCGGAGUGUUCACAUUCUGUUUCACCCUUACUAUUCGAUAAUAAGACAGAAACAUGUGUCGAACAACAAGAAAAUUCGAAUAUGCCGCCAAAAGAUGCAGAAGGUUUACUUGGUGCAUCAGUUGAAUCAAUGUUGCAGGACCAUAAACUGGAAAAAUCUGACUUCGUUGAUGGAAUGCCUUGUGGAAGCUUAGAACCUGAGUCCCAGGACAGGCUUCUUGAGGAAAGGAUCAUGUCUCAUUACCACACUUGUCAGAAUCAGCCUGUAAAUUACCUAUGGACAGACAACUACCAGCCUCAGAAUGCCAAGCAGGUAUGUGGAAAUGCUGAAUCAGUAAAAUAUUUAAGUGAAUGGCUUCAUCUUUGGCACAAAAGGGGAUCUCUUACUACUAGAGGUUACAUGGAUGAAGAUAAUUCUAUUGUGCAAGAUGUCGAUCAUGAUUAUCAGCAUAGUGACUCUGAUACCAACAAUGGUGAAGAAAGCUUGAAAAAUGUUCUCUUAGUUACUGGGCCAGUUGGGAGUGGGAAAUCUGCUUCCAUCUAUGCUUGUGCGAGAGAUCAAGGGUUUCAGAUUAUCGAGAUAAAUUCAUCAGAUUGGCGUAAUGGAGCUCUAGUAAAGCAAAAAUUUGGCGAGGCUGUGGAAUCUCAUUGGCAGCGCACAGUAGAAAAUGCAACAAAUUCAGACAGCAAAUUGCAACCAAAGUUCUUUAAGACGGGUAACGAAGAGGUGGGUUGCUGUGACAGUGAAGUAAUUGAUCUAACACACUUUCCAGAUAAGGAGGAUUCUCAAGAUACUGGUUCAUGCCCGAUAAUAUCAGUUGCUGGGUACAACAGAACUGGCAACUGUCAGGAUGGGAUUAAAACAUUGAUACUGUUUGAAGAUGUGGAUGCUACUCUCUACGAAGAUCACGGUUUUAUUACAACUAUACAACAGUUGGCGCAGAUUGCUAAAAGGCCCAUGAUAUUGACAAGCAAUAGUGACAAUCCUGUCCUCCCUAAGAAUUUGGACAGGUUUCAGUUAUGUUUUUCCGUCCCGUCAGUAGAAGAACUCCUUAGACUUGUCUAUAUGAUUUGUGAUGCAGAAAAAGCUAGCAUCCAUCCUUGCUUGGUAGAAAGAUUUGUUAAUUAUUGUCAAGGAGACAUUCGCAAAACCAUCAUGCUUCUCCAGUUUUGGUUCCAGGGUCAAACUCUCGGUAGAGGAAAUGAACCGCAUCCAACAUAUUGGCCAGUACUAUUCGAUCUUGAUGCAGGGCAUUCUAUCCUACCAAAAUUAAUAGAAUGGGGUUACCCUUCACAGCUGUCUGAGCUUGUGGCAGAGGAGGUUGUUAAAUCUUUGGCUUUAACAGAAGAAAACGAUGGCUUAAUAGACACGAAUAUGGUUGAGGACCUAAAUGAUUAUACGACAGCAAAUAUCCAUAUGCAGGAUGCUGAACCAGACUCUAUUGAGGUGAAAAAAGCGGCUAUGUUACGCUUGCAAGGCUCACUUCUUGAUGAUGUUGAGUGUGCACAGUUUGAGUCCAAUAUCGAACUCUUUGAUUUUUCUAACUCCCCAAUUGCAUUUGCUCGGCAAAGUAGUCGGAGAAAAACUAAUACAGUUCUAUCUUCUGAUUCGGAAGACGAGUUCUCGUGUAGAAGUAUUCCCCUAGUUUCAGCUGGAGGAGAUGUUAAUGCUGAAGUAUUUAAUAUGGAAAAAAUGCCAAUCUCUCAGUUUUUACCUACCAAAAUAGACCAACUUCCUAGUGUGCCAAUCUCUCAUUCUGAAGUAGACAGGUUAGAAGAAGCUCGCUAUAAUUUCGAGGGAAGAAUUGAUUGUUCUAUUAUAGAGGACACAUGUCGAUCACCUGACAUCUCAUCUGUGCCAGAAUCGUCAUUUGUACCUGAGACAGAGGUUAUCCAUGAAGAAGAUUUAUAUUCUAUUACAGUGUCAUAUGGCCAUUUUGUUAACGCAGAUGGAGCUAAUUCUAUACUCCAAAUCCAAGACCCAAUACCUGAUUUUGGUUCCCAAUCCACCGCACCUCUUCGUUUAUUGCGGAAAGAGCAGGAAACAGUAGGACACAAUUCCGAUACUAAUACAUUGUGUGACUAUGAAGAGGAGGUAGGGGACUCUCUUUCAAAAUCCGAGGCACAUGUUCCGAGAGGGUAUCAACUGUUGGAUGAGUGUAGUCGUGUGGAUUUCAUGAGGAGUUUGAAAUCCUUCGACAAAUCCGAAGCUGAACAGGUGACUGAUGACUUUGUGAAAGAGACAUGGAAAAAGUUACGCGAUCAAUGCAAUAAUAUAAGGAAAUACGUUACCGAGGAAGAGAAAACUGCUUGUCAAGCUUUGAAACUUACUCAUGGAAUGAGUAAUUUAAUCUCAGACGCUGAUUUGUUGCUCAAAGACUGCCAAGUUCUAGUCUCUGAUUCUUUGGGGUCAUCAACAAUUCUUAGUGAGAGAAUGCAUUCCUAUAGUUAUUAUGAUAAUCAGUUGGAGAUGUCAUCCAUUCUUGCUCAGCAUGGAAUGUGCUUCUACGCUAAGGAAAUUGCUUCGUUAGGGUCAGUUGUGGGGUCCACCAACACCUUGGAUUUGGGCUCCGAAAUGUUAUCAUUCUCAGCAAGCUCGGUUGCAUUGGGAAAGCUGGCUUGUCAAGAUCAAAAAAAGAUUGAUGGAUCCAAUAUGAAAACAAUCAAAAGUUCCAAUCUUCUAACAAGCAGCAAAUCAGACUCGUGUGUUGGCAAUAUUAUUCAGUCUAUAGUCCCUUCAAAAUCGUACUCGGCAGCAAUGGGCGGUGCAUUCCAUGAGUACGCCUCAACAUUGGGCCAGAUUUCAAGAUAUGAAGCCUCCCGUUUAUCUGGGUGCAUUGACAACACAAGAAAGCAAAGAAGAUUACGUCUUCCAAGACAUUAUCUGAGUUCUGGUUCGCUGUCAAUGUCACCAGAAGAAAUAUCUUUGCUGGGUCGAUACAAUAGCUACCCGAAAAGCUCCUCUUCUUAGAGAUGGAAGUUUCAGAUAAAUUAUCUGAAUCAACGAAAAUUUAACAUGGUUGACAUAUUUAACUCAUAAUCCUAAUUCGGUUUCUCUCUUAAGUUAGGAUUGGGAACCAGUAAUUCUUGACCACUCAUCAUGCAUAUUGUCAAUUAACCAUGGCUUCUUGUGACAGAUCUUUGUAUGCCUCGGGCUGAAAGAUUGGAAGUAAUAAACUAAUAGGUACGAGUAGCAAUUUUAGAGUGUAAAUUCACAUUUAUGUCAACUGUAAAUCUAGAGGAAUUGUAUCUUGUUAUUCGAAUCAUACACUCGAAAAUAGUCUUAAAAAGAUAUAGUAUUUAAAGAAAAUUGAAAUAUUUGGUUUUUCUUUUUUU